CGGUUACACCCGGAAGUAGGAGUCCGAGCCACAGCUGGGUCCCGGCAGGGGGCAGGCGGCCGCGUGUUUCCUUAGAACUUCUCUGCGCGGAUCCGAUCUGCAGCCAGCAUGUCCAGCAGAAACAACAACAAGCUGCCCAGCAACCUCCCGCAGUUACAGAAUCUUAUCAAGCGGGACCCGCCGGCCUACAUCGAGGAGUUUCUACAGCAGUAUAAUCACUACAGAUCCAAUGUGGAGAUUUUCAAAUUACAACCAAAUAAACCCAGCAAAGAACUAGCAGAGCUGGUGAUGUUUAUGGCACAGAUUGGCCACUGCUACCCGGAGCAUCUCUGCAACUUUCCUCAAGAGCUGAAAGAUCUUCUCUCCUACAAUCAUACUGUCUUGGACCCAGAUCUCCGAAUGACAUUUUGCAAAGCUUUGAUCCUGCUGAGAAAUAAGAAUCUCAUUGAUCCAUCAGGCUUACUAGAGCUCUUCUUUGAACUUCUGCGUUGCCACGACAAGCUGCUACGAAAGACUUUAUAUACACAUAUUGUGACUGACAUCAAGAAUAUAAAUGCAAAACACAAGAACAAUAAAGUGAAUAUAGUCUUGCAGAAUUUCAUGUACACCAUGUUAAGAGACAGCAAUGCGACAGCAGCCAAGAUAUCUUUGGAUGUGAUGAUCGAGCUCUAUAGAAGGAACAUCUGGAAUGAUGCCAAAACCGUCAAUGUUAUCACGACUGCGUGUUUCUCUAAGGUCACCAAGAUACUGGUUGCUGCUUUGACAUUCUUCCUCGGAAAAGAUGAAGAUGAGAAGCAGGACAGCGACUCAGAAUCUGAGGAUGAAGGGCCAACAGCCAGAGACCUGCUAGUGCAGUACGCCACCGGGAAGAAGAGCUCCAAGAACAAGAAAAGGUUGGAAAAGGCGAUGAAAGUGCUCAGGAAACAAAAGAAGAAGAAAAAACCAGAGGUGUUUAACUUCUCAGCUAUUCACUUGAUUCAUGAUCCCCAAGACUUUGCGGAAAAACUACUAAAGCAGCUGGAGAGCUCCAAGGAGAGGUUUGAAGUGAAGAUGAUGCUCAUGAACCUCAUCUCCAGACUGGUGGGAAUUCACGAGCUUUUCCUCUUCAACUUCUAUCCCUUUGUGCAAAGGUUCCUACAGCCCCACCAGAGAGAAGUAACGAAGAUCCUUCUGUUUGCUGCACAGGCUUCUCAUCACCUGGUGCCCCCAGAGAUCAUUCAGUCGUUGCUCAUGACGGUGGCCAACAACUUUGUUACCGACAAGAACUCCGGGGAAGUCAUGACUGUAGGCAUCAAUGCUAUCAAAGAGAUAACAGCUCGGUGUCCUCUAGCCAUGACUGAAGAACUUCUCCAAGACUUGGCUCAGUAUAAAACGCACAAAGAUAAGAAUGUGAUGAUGGCUGCUAGAACUUUGAUUCAGCUCUUCCGCACCCUGAACCCGCAGAUGUUGCAGAAGAAGUUCCGGGGUAAGCCUACAGAGGCCUCCACAGAGGCGCGAGUCCAAGAAUAUGGAGAAUUAGAUGCUAAAGAUUAUAUUCCAGGAGCAGAAGUCUUGGAAGUUGAGAAAGAAGAGAAUGCUGAAAAUGACGAAGAUGGGUGGGAAAGCACCAGUCUCAGUGAGGAAGAUGAGGAGGAUGCUGACGGGGAAUGGGUUGAUGUGCACCACUCUUCCGACGAAGAGCAGCAAGAAAUCUCCCGGAAGCUGAACAGCAUGCCCAUGGAGGAGCGCAAAGCCAAAGCUGCCGCCGUCAGCACCAGUCGGGUUUUAACUCAGGAAGACUUCCAGAAGAUCCGCAUUGCCCAGAUGAGGAAAGAGCUCGACGCUGCCCCUGGGAAAGCCGAGAAGAGGAAGUAUAUUGAGAUAGACAGUGACGAGGAACGCAGGGGCGAGUUACUGUCCCUCCGGGAUAUUGAACGCCUUCAUAAAAAGCCAAAGUCUGACAAGGAGACAAGGCUGGCAACUGCAAUGGCUGGGAAAACAGACCGAAAGGAAUUUGUGCGAAAGAAAACCAAAAUGAACCCAUUCGCUAGUUCCACAAAUAAAGAGAAGAAAAAGCAGAAGAACUUCAUGAUGAUGCGGUAUAGCCAGAACGUCCGGUCCAAAAACAAGCGUUCCUUCCGCGAGAAGCAGCUGGCACUACGAGAUGCACUUUUGAAAAAGAGAAAAAGAAUGAAGUAACUUCCAAGCAAGUUUUCCAAUCCAAAGAGAAUGCUAAGUUUGUAUCAUUGCUUUGAGUAUUAGUAAAGCAAGAAUAUUUGUUCACAUUAUAAAAUCCAGAAGUAUUAUGUUGUGAAAACUGCAGUAAAGUUGGUGGUACUUCAGUGCUUUUACUGUGGAGGCGGAUAAUGGUGGCAGUGUUUGAAAUGUAAAUGGUAAUAUUGUGAACACAUUUUCAUGUAGCAUUUAUACCAAAAAAAUUGUUGGGUGCCUACUACUUGUCAUUGUACAUAUAGAAAUGAAUGAGCCAUAACCCCUUUACCCAAGGCGGUGGCCGCCUAAUGGGGACAGGUGUAUACGUGUGCUUCCAAUGCAAUGUAUAUAGUUCCCUUGUAGGGAUGGGUCCCUGUGCACCUGGGGUCCCUGGGGCCUUGUGGGCCACCCCUGCAGGGAUGGGAGUUAUAUAUUCUCUUAGAACAGGACAAUGUUACAAGAGUAAGAGGUUCUUACUUGUGAAUAGGCUUACCUGCUAAGAACAGGUCCCUGCUGUACAGAGUCAGACUAGACAGUGUAGCUCUUUCAGUCAGGCCAGAAGGCGAUUUUGUUUUUGAAUGCUGUGUAAUGGUUUUUUAUUAAGACGUCUCUUUGUAAACUGUCUUAACUGUAAAUGGUAGCGCGUAGCUGGUCUUCAGUUCACCACUCAAGCUGUCUGCUCUUCAUCUCAGCUUCCCUUCAUCCCCUCCUGUUUGCAGCCCACUGUUUGCCGUGGCCCAGUCAAAGGUUCUCACGUCAGAUCGGUGCUCCCCUGUGUGUGGAGAGGUGUGUGUUCUCUUCCCAGCACGCUCGAGCUGAUCCCGGGGCCAGUUCCGUUGCAUACAAGUUGUUGCACUUGGAAUAGUCUGGUGCCUUUUGCUGCAGAUUUCUCAGAUGUCUUGUGACAGACAAGAACGUUCUCGAAAUUGGAGUAAAAGGCAGUUUUCUGCCCUCACAGAAAGCAGCUCCUGGCUCACUUUUCUAGUUCCUUCCCAAUUCUUUUGUUCACUUUCUGGGUCCAACUUCAGUUUUAUUGAAGUGAAACUUUGUGACCUCCCCCAUCACUGCUGGGCGAGUAUGAGCUGUCUGUCAGAGGCAGCUGUCUGUCGCAGGAAGUGCCCAGUGCACAUGGGUACACUUCAGACCUGAAACUGCUCCCUUUAGUGUAGUCUCAGAGCUGCGUGUCUCCUCUUGGGUCUGGGUUGAGAAGGUGGGUUAGAUUUAAAAUGGCGUAGCAGCCAAAGUCUGCCGCUUGCUGCCUGAGUGUGGCAGUGCCCAGGAGUGUAGGCCUUCCCUCGGGCUUCCCCAGUGCACUCGAUGCCAAGAGGCCAAAGUCCGUUGUGUGUUCUGCCUCCUGUUGCACUGUGGCCCCGGUCUCUUCUAUGCCAGCCUGAGGUUUAAAUGCAACAUGGGAAGGUACCUAGUUUUAAAAGGCUCAUUCUUUACUUUUAUUUCCUUAAUUCUUUAAUAUCUUAUUUGUCUAGUUCCUAGUUAGUUUAUAAAUCUUUGCUUCAAAAUAUUUCCUAUUUAUUGUUAAUUUGAAGAAGUCAACAGUGGCUGAACUUGAGCUUUUCUGCCUCAUCCACAAUGAUUUUAUAACAAAGCAUCUUAUAGAGCUGGCAAAAGGCAUGAUCACACACACAAAAGAAGUGUACCAGGUGAUGGAUAUAUUAACUAUCUAAUUCAGUUAUUCCACAGUAUUUACAUAAAACAUCAUUAUAUGCCAUAAAUAGAAUUUUUGUCAGUUUAAAAAAAAAAAAAGGCCCAGCCUAGGGCGGAGGGACACCAAGGAGGGAGUGGGGCAGCUGGCAGUCACCGCAGGGCCUGUCUGCUCUCCGUGUGACACUCGGGACGAACGGGGGCCAGGCGGUGAUCGCCCAAGCCUGCGAGGAAAAGUUAAGGGGUAAAAGUUGACCUCGUUUUGGUAUGAUUUUUGAAAGGGUGUGUGUAUAAAUGUUUUGUGGUGCAUACUGUAAUCCUUUGAAAACUUAACAUCUCCAGAGGAUUCCACGGCAGGUCUGUCUGCACCGGAACGUUCUGCUUCAAGGCUGUUUGGGUAACACGUUUAAGCUGUCGCGUGGCAGUGCUAAGGGCCAUUGUUUCAGUUCCCGUGUCAGUGGUUCUGCAGUGUGCUUUGUGAGAUUGCGGAGAGACCUUGACCACGAGUAAGGGGAGGGGUCGGCCAGGGACCUGGAGAAGUUUCUCAUAAAAGGACAAAGCUCCCGUCACAGGGUGGAGUCUUUGAUCUACACUUGUUUGAAAACGCGAACAAGAGCAGACAGCGCGGCUAAUUCUGCAGUAUUUAAGUAGCGUAGACUCUUUGUCUUGAGCCCUGUCUGUGGCAAUUUUCCUUCUUCCUGCAGAUUCUACUGUCGUGUUAGUCCAGUCACGAUAUCAAAAUAGUUUAAUAAACUGAUUUGCCCAUGUGAUAAAAUAUCAUGUGACAUUAAAAUGUUUACAUUGGAAAAUGCUUACUGUAAAUGAACACGGAAGUAUUUAUAGUAUAAUGCAAUUAUACAUGUAAGAAAAUAGGGAAUAAUGAAAGCCCUAGAGGAACUGUGCCAUGUAUUACACAGUCUUCUUAAACGCUGGAAUCACACGUGCAUUUCUUCUUUUGAUGUUACUUUCUGAAUCUUCCAUAAUUAUAUGUUUUAUUAAGAAAACAGAAUAACUUUAUUUUGAAGUAAAAAUAAAGUACAUCGAGACCCA